GUCUUCUUAAUUGUGUAAUCAAGUUCAGAUAAAAGGUAUAUAGUUUUGUUACACCACGUCAGAUGUUAAUCAUAGUUGUUCAUCGAUAGAUGGUAGCUAUGUUGAAGCUGUUGGUGCUGUUGGUGACUUUGGCUGGAGUAUUCUCCGUGCCUCUUCAGGAUAAGAUCACUCCGAGGAGCGGCGAGGCUUGUGGCUAUGAGAGCUGCCCAGUCACAGAGAGCGGAGUCCUGAAUGUGCACAUAGUUCCGCACACACACGAUGACGUCGGAUGGCUGAAAACUGUAGACCAAUAUUAUUAUGGAAGUAGAAACAGGGUACAGAAGGCUGGUGUGCAAUACAUAAUAGAUUCAGUUGUCAAGGAAUUAUGGGAAGAUCCUAAGAGAAAGUUUAUAUACGUGGAGACAGCUUUCUUCUGGAAGUGGUGGGUGCGCCAGCCCGAGAGCAUCAGGGAUAAAGUGCACACGUUGGUGAGGCAGGGUCGGCUGCAAUUCGUCGGUGGCGCGUGGUCCAUGAACGACGAGGCAGCCUCACACUAUCAGAGCACCAUCGAUCAAUUCACAUGGGGACUCAGUAAAUUAAAUGAUACUUUCGGCACGUGCGGCCUGCCUCGCGUCGGUUGGCAGAUAGACCCAUUCGGUCACUCGCGAGAGUUCGCCUCCCUGCUCGCCGCGAUGGGGUACGACGGACUGUUCCUCGGCAGAAUAGACUAUCAGGACAAGAGCAGCAGACUCCAUAACCAGGACAUGGAGAUGGUGUGGAGAGGAGAUGAUGUGUUGGGUAAAUCAUCCGACAUUUUCGCGGGUGUGUUGUUCAACACGUACUCGCCGCCUCCGGGCUUUUGUUUCGACGUGCUUUGUGACGACGAGCCAAUCAUAGACGACCCCGACUCGCCGCUCUUCAACGUGGACGACAAGGUGUCGAAGUUCCUAGAAAUAUGCAAGGAAAUGUCUAAAGGAUAUAGAAGUAAUUCCAUUUUAAUAACAAUGGGCGAGGAUUUUCAUUACCAAGAUGCUGCGAUGUGGUUCAAGAAUCUAGAUUUACUGAUCGAGUGAGUGAUAUGGCAUGUACAUCCUCAGAGGCGGUUCUAGCUCAUG